AACCGUCGGCGGAGGUCAUUUGCUUAAAAUAUAAUGGCGCCGUUAUGCGGCGGUUUACGGUAAGGGGGCUGAAGUAGUAUUUUUACAGUGAGCGUCAGAAAGGGAAAAGCUAAUGCUUGAAACAUCGCCGAACGAGAUACUCAGCAUCUCCUCUAGACAAUGGACAAGGCUGGCUAGCUUAAGUUCAUCAUAAACUACGCUUACAAAGCGCGUUUUAGCUUUGUGUGUGGACUUGGAGCCGCCGUCGCAGUCAAAGAGUCAUCCAGCUCCUGCCGCAAUUUGGCUUUGAGAACAAACACGUCAGCUGCACGACCCGAACAGAGUCUAAGAUGCCCUAGGCAGAGAGGAGGGAAAUGUAAAUGGCUUCCAAAGUAAAAGAUGCUGUGGUGUGGUACCAGAAAAAGAUUGGCGCCUAUGACCAACAGAUUUGGGAGAAAUCAGUGGAGCAGAGAGAAAUAAAGUUUAUUUCAUUGGGCUUGAGGAACAAGCAGAAGACGGGGCACGUUAAACCAGAUCUCAUCGAUGUAGACUUGGUUAGAGGGUCUGCGUUUGCCAAGGCCAAACCAGAGAGUCCGUGGACGUCGCUGACCCGGAAGGGGAUCGUUCGAGUCGUCGUCUUUCCGUUUUUUUACAGAUGGUGGAUCCAGGUCACCUCCAGAGCUAUUUUCCUCUUACUGCUGGCACUCUAUCUGCUGCAAGUGGCUGCAGCAGUCCUGUAUGUGUCCAUCCCUCAGCCUCAUGGGAUACCGGCCACCGAGGUGUUUGGAGCCAUCUGGCUCAUGUUGUUGCUGGGCACCGUCCACUGUCAGAUCGUUUCCACCAGGACCCCAAAACCAGCCUCCACCAGUGGGGGGAAGAGACGCAGGAAGUUGAGGAAGGCAUCUCAGAUGGAGGUGCAUAGGGAAGGCGACGGGUCUAGCACUACCGAUAACACACAGGAGGGGGCGCCACACUCCCACUCAGCCAGCACCACAUACAGCCUGGGCGCUUUCUUCCAAGAUUCUGGCAUGAUAUCUGUAAAGCUGGGUGUGUCCAAGAAGUCCAAGCUUUCUAUCGAUAAAUCCACAGAGACGGACAACGGCUACGGUCGGCUGGACGGCCGAGUGACCAAUCGCAGUAGCGAGGAGGGGCUCCAGCUCCACGAGCAGCGAUGUGAUUUGUUAAACAGGGCUGAUGAGGUGUGCUGGAACUCACAUGUUCAGCCUCCACAGGCUCACACAGCCCGCAGCACUGGGCUGCUGCUGGCCGGCGGUAAUAAGGAGCCCGCAUCAGAUGAGGCUUCCAGUGAGGAGGACCCCGAAGCGUCCUACAGCGCUCUCCGCAGGGGGGUGGAAAGAAUGAACAGUGACUGCACGCUCCGAAAUCGCAAGAAUACGCACCACUAUAAGAAACACUACCCUGGGGAGGAUGUCCCAAAGUCCGGGACCAGCUGUAGCUCCAGAUGUUCAAGUCUGAGGACUCAAGACUCGGAGAGCACUCGACAUGAGUCAGAGACUGAGGACCUGAUGUGGGAGGACUUCCUGCACUGCGCCGAGUGCCGAUCAUCCUGCACAUCAGAGACAGAGGGAGAAGGAGGAGGAACGCCCGUGUGUCCUUCUGCUAAGAAGGAAUACAGAGACGACCCUUUCCAUCAGGGUCACCUUCCUUGGCUGCACAGCUCCAACCCCGGCCUGGAAAGAGUGAGCGCCAUCGUGUGGGAGGGAAACGAGUGCAAGAAAGCAGACAUGUCUGUCCUGGAGAUCAGCGGCAUGAUCAUGAACCGAGUGAAUCUUUACACUCCUGGCAUUGGUUACCAGGUGUUUGGGAACCUGGUUUCAGUAACACUUGGACUCACACCCUUCGUUUACAGACUGGCUCAGUACUGUGACUUGGAUCAGCUGACCACUCUCUCAGCCAAUGAGCUGCUGUCUGUGGCGCUGGGGUGUGGGUCUGGUUCAGAUGGCCUGGUAAUUACCAUGGUAACGCUCAGCUUCCUUGUGCGUGUUUGCCUCAUCUGGCUCUUCUUCUUCCUGCUCAGCGUGGCAGAGAGGACCUACAAACAGAGACUGCUGUUUGCCAAACUGUUUGGUCCCCUGACUUCGGCCCGAGAGCCAGGAAGUCUUGAGGUCCCACAUUUUAGGCUCAAGAAAGUUCAGAACAUCCAAGAUGUGGCUGUCGCUACGCUCUACCUCAAGAGACGGGGUCCUCAGCGUUCAGUGGAUGUCAUUGUGUCGUCUGCUUUCCUGCUCACGUUGUCGGUCGUCUUCAUCUGCUGCGCUCAGUUGCUCCACGUCCAUGAAACGUUCCUGGACUGUCACUAUAACUGGGAGCUGGUGAUCUGGUGCUCCAGUCUGACUCUGUUCCUGCUCAGGUUCGUCACACUGGGCUCAGAAACCAGCAAGAAGUACAGCAACACCUCCAUCCUGCUCACUGAACAGAUUAACCUGUAUCUGAAGAUGGAGAAGAAGCCAAACAAGAAAGAGGAGCUGACACUGGUCAACAAUGUGUUAAAACUGGCAACCAAACUACUCAAGGAGUUGGAUACUCCAUUCAGGCUGUACGGUUUGACUAUGAACCCUCUGCUCUACAACAUCACCCAGGUGGUCAUCCUGUCAGCUGUGUCAGGAGUCAUAUCUGACCUGUUAGGAUUUAACCUGAAGUUGUGGAAGAUUAAAUCAUGACAGUGAACCGAGAAACGGCGUCAACACUUGACUCUCACUGACCGGCUGAACGCUCGUCCGACCGGCCGACUCACCGAGAGACGGGGCGUCGGCCUCGACAUAUCAGAGUGCUUUGACCUUCAGCGUUUCCACUUUGUGCAAUUCACAGACUAUUUAUUUACCCAUUCAGUGUUUAUACUUAGGGUUUAUUUGAAUUCUAGUUUCUUUCAUGUUUUUGUGUUUUUGCGACACAGUUCAGUUUUACCUGUCAGAAAGUGUUUCCCCGAGGUUACUGCUUUGGUGGGGCGGCCUCAAAGGCAAUCCUCCCCUGUCAUUUCAGACGGAUUAAUGUUGUCGGGAAGCUUUUUGCAUUUACACGCAUGAUGUUGACUUCAACAGGAAUAAUAUCUUUACUUUGUUUGUGUGUGUGUGUGUGUGAGAUGAAGGGAGGAGCUGAGCACAAACAAAAACACAGUCCUUUGCUUUAUGUAGAUAUCUUUUUUUUUUUUUAUUAUUAUUUCAUUUUUCACCUUAUUUUUCCCCCUUGCCCCGUGUAGGAGAAAUACUGUGUGAACAUAAGUUAUUAUUAGGUGAUGGUUCAAGUUCUCAGCUCGAGCUGCAAUUUUUCAGGUUCGAAGGCAAAGUAUUGAGUUACCAAUGGGUCAAAAAUCUUUUAUUGUAUUUUUUUUUCUUUUUGGCUUAAACUGAAUGUUCUUAUUUAUAUGUUGAAUUUCAAAACAGAACUUAAAAACGAUUUUUAAAAAGCAAACGUUAGUCCAGUGGUUUUAUUCUAACAAAGUCUGUCAGUUUUUUAAUUUUUUUUACAGCCCAAUACUGAAGGUGUAAUAUGUUUAAAAAACCAGUCCUUUGAAGAUGCAGUGAAAUCUCCACACGGACACCUUUAGAUCUCAGAUGUAGCUGGUUUUGUGCUGAAAGCAGUUCACUAAAAUUAGUGUUUGUGAUCAGUUAAAGCUGUUACGUGUCUGUUGAGGGGAGCUAACAGUAUCUGUUCUCCAUUUUCAUGUCCGUGCAACAGCUCUAAAUUAAAUUACUUUCUCUUUUUACUUGUCAGCUGAUUCUGGUUUAAGUUUUUUUCCUCUUCAUGAUUUGAGCUCAGUGUAAAACAGGAAGCGACGGUGCCCGUCACACGUGGUUUUGCAGCUGACGGUCGUUGUUUUAUUUUCUCAACGGGCCACGUGAGAAACAUGGAGAGCCGAACCGAUCGCUCUGUUUGUUGUCCCUUUCACUGAGUGCGUCACUGCCAGCUCCUCUAAUCUCAGACUUUUUUGUUAUCCCAGAAAUGAAAAUGAGUAACUGUGCCACAGAGAACUCGGCUCUCAUCCAGAGCAGAGGGGGGAAAGUCAAAAUGUUUGCUUUGUUCUCAACUGAAGGUCCAGACUUCCCACAAUGUCUUCAGUCAAUCUUGUUAUCCAUGUAAGUCCAUGUCUCGUUGAAAACUCUUUCAUCUGUCAGGGCUGGUAAACUCACAAACGUCCAACACAUUUAUAGUGAAGCUGCAUUCGUUUGCACACAAGUUGUUUUGUGAUUUCCCAUAAAACUCACCCACAGUAAGCUGUUCUCUGAUGAAGAGUUUAUCAAAGGUGGCUGAAAUGAGACAAACCGCAUGAUGUUUGAAUCCUAAUUUCUCACUGACCUCACACAGGUCAAUCAGGGACAACCAACGGCCAGAUGUGACCCGCGGGCCACACAAUGUCCAGGGGUCCAGUGUAUUUACCACCCUGUCAGUCAGCAGUGUCCUUCCCUCUCACUGCUCUAAGUUGAGGAAAGUUUUACCCGGGGUCGCCUACCUUGUCGCCAGCAGUCACCGGCUUUUCUGCGGUCUCUUGUUGCUACAGUCAUUUCUUUGCGCAGCUGCCCUUUAAAUUUACAGCGAUGACUGGGAGCAACAUAAUUUUUGGUAAAUCUCACCCUAAAUUUUUCAUAUAGAAAUGAGAAAACUGAUAACUGACUUCAAAUGCAACUUCUCUGGAUACUUUGUAUAAGAGAAUAAAAAAAGUUUGUCAAAAUGACUAUUUGAAACCUUCAUUUGGCAGAGUUCACCUAAAAUAUUUGUCCAUCUAAUUAGCAGGUGGUGAAUUUCAUUAUCAACUCCCAGUUUAAUUCCAACUAUGCUAGUAUGAUGGUGAAACGGCAGGCAGCUGAAAUAAUGUCAAAAUUUAUGAAGAUAACCCCCCCAAAAAGCAGGCUGGACAGCGCAACAUUUUGUGACAAUCUGAAUUUUUUUUUUUUUCUUUCAUCUCGGUCAAACUUAGAUGAAUCAAAACAUUUUAGAAACGCACUGGAUUUCAUAUCAAAUGCUGUCGAAUGCUUGGAGCUCCUUUAGACUUUGGUGUGCGUGACACUUCAGUGACGUCCUCGCUGUGUCUGUAUGUGAAUGACGAUACGCACUUUAAUAACAGAUCCUCAAUGGAAGAAAAGUUACUUUGUUUCAAGAUGUCGAGAUUUCCUUUUUUUGUGUACAUCCUUCUGCGUGACACAGUUUGUGUGUAUCCGUUAAAGCGAAUGCUGGCUCAGCACAUGUACCAACGAUGCACACGACUGAAUAACUCCAUGUAAAGCAAAGAUGCCCACAGAAAAAGAAACGGUUGCCUCAGAUCAUGAGUUGGCUUUCGGCUCACUGAAACAAUAAUCAUAAAUCAUCAUAAUCAUCUUCAGUGUGUUUGAGGAGGAAGACCAAAGUGCUUUUAAUUUAACUGUAUUUGUCUCUGCUGAUUAAAGUGUUUUGUAGCGUUAUGAUUCAUGAUCUGUGUUUCUCUUUGGAAAUAUUUACUUUUUGUUUUAUCAUUCAUCUGUACAGGAUGUUUGUUCCUCACGCUCUUUAGGAAGGCAUGCUCGACAGUUUUUAAGGAAUGAACUGUUUGAAUUGUGUGUGUGUGUGAGUGAAUCUAAGGAAAGCACUCUGUGUGGUGAUGCUGUUUUCCAAGAGUCUCAAUAUUUAGAUUUUUUUUUUUUUUCCUUUUGGUGAAUUUGUCUGUACACAAGGUCUACGUUUUGAUAAGAAAAAUAAA